GGAGGAAAACAAACAACAACAACGACAAGGCAGAAAAAAAAGCGAUAAAAGUUGAGAGGUAAGCACACACACACACACACACACACACACACACACACACACACACACACACACACACCCUACCACCCUGCCAUGCAUACCCGAGGCUACCCAUGAACCUGCCAGCGCGUCUGUCUCCGUGUCUCCGUGCGCAGGGCGGCGGCAGAGGUGGAGGCGGCUUCGGCGGGGUCAGUGAGGGCUGGGAGUCGCGCACACCAACACACUCCCGCGCUCCCUUCACUCUCACACACACCUGUUGGUCUAGCGAGCGCUCAGGUGUCUGUCUCUCUUCGUGUGUAGCGUGGCGUGGGGUCAGGAUAAAGUGUCAAGUGUGGGUCUGGCAUGUGUCUGGGUGUGUGUGCGGUGUGUGGUGCAUGGUGUGCGGUGUGUGAGGUUGUGGUGAGUGAGUGAGUGAGUGGAGGAUAAUGAACGCUGGUGUGGGUCGCUCACCUCACCUCUCACUCACUCGUAACUCCAUCGCCACAACCGCCACCAUCACCGCUAAAGCUAAACUUGCUUUCGUUACGCUCAUCGGGCAAACUAACUCACAGAAGAAGCUAAAAAAAGAAACAAAAAAACACGCCAAUUCACACUGAAACAGAAAAAGAAACUGGAAAAAAAAACAUAAAGAAAAAAAAAGAAAGAAAAAACAAACUAGACACAACCUCUGUAAAAAGCAAAACUAACCUAACUGUCAAACAAUCGUAUCGUAUUGUGUUUUAACGACAUAGAAAAAAAGAAAAAGAAAAAGAAAACUAAUACUUAAAUAAAACCAGCCCGUCCCAGGCACCUCGACCCUCACCUGCCCAUACCAGAGAGCAGAAUGCGGGAGGAAAAGCAAAAUCACUGAGUGAAAUAUAAACACCAAAUUCUAAUUGUACUGAAAAAUGGACACAAAAAUUGAAACAUACACCAGAUUCUAACUGUACUGAAAAAAAAACUGAAAAAAAUACAUAAAAUAUAAAUAUACAGGUGAACAUAUAACAAAAGAAAACAAAGUGCUGGACAUAUACUACAGAAAACGUAGUGGUGGACGAACAACAAAAGAAAACGAAGUGGUGGACAUCUAAUACAGAAAACGGGGAACUGGUCGACGCCGCACAGCAUCAAAGGAAGAAAAUGGGAGGAAUGAAACGCUCCUUGUGAAAAUGAAUUGUGGCGUUAAGGAAAAACCACCAAGUGAGAAAGUGAAAAAGUGAACCGUGAGAGAAAAAGAGUAAAAAAAAGAGGCUAACCCCCCUCAUGCCCACCCUAGGGGACCUCACUUUGCCCCCUCAGCCUCCCACGAACGCUUGGGACCUUGAUGUGUCCCUUCAUCCCUUAACCCCCCUGAACCUCACAACACUUCUCGCCACCCCACAAAAUGUUACGCUUGGGAACUUAACAUGGGAGGAGGAGGGGGAGGAGGGCACGGGAGGAGGAGGCACCGGUUCGCCCCCUGCCAACUGGUGGGGACUGGUGGCGCUACUGGUGGUGCUGUUGACGCUGUUUGGAAAUAUACUGCUGAUUCUGGCCAUCUCGUGGGAUCGUCGUCUUCAGAAUAUGACAAACUACUUCCUGCUCUCUCUCGCUGUGACGGACCUCAUGGUUGCCUCGCUGGUGAUGCCGCUGUCCAUCGUAGUCCUCGUCCUUGGCCACUUCCCGUUUUCUUCCGAGCUGUGCCUGUUAUGGAUCUCCCUGGACGUUCUCUUCUGCACCGCCUCCAUCAUGCACCUGUGUACCCUCUCCGUGGACCGCUUCCUCUCCCUCAGGUACCCCAUCAAGUUCGGGCGCCAGAAGACGAGGCGGCGCGUGGUACUGAAGAUUGUGCUGGUGUGGUGCUUGUCGCUGGCCGCCUCGCUGCCGCUGUCCCUCAUGUACGCCACGGCGCCGCACACCACCAUCGUGGACGGCGUGUGUCAGAUCCCAGUGUCACUCUUCCAGAUCAUCGGCUCCGUCAUCUGCUUCUACAUUCCGCUGGUCAUCAUGCUGGUGACUUACGCCCUCACGGUGCGCCUACUGUCCCAGAAGCAGAGUGAGCUGCAUCCCUCUGUGCUGGAGCCCUCCUCAGCCUCCGCCUCCCCCUCGCCCCGCUCCCUGCGCUGGAAGAAGCUGUUGUGCAAGACCACCUCCACGCUCAGCACCAGCACGGCGGUGUCCCUCACGGACGGCGAGGUGAGCGAGGCCGCGUGUCGGCCCGAGCCCUGCGGCUCCCACACCACCAAACUGCGGCGCCUAGGCAGCAGCAGCAGCCCGCAGCGGCGCCCGCCCCUGGUGCGCUACCCCAGCCACUACCACCACCACCAACGCGCCGCGCUGGUGCGGGCUGACGGCUGCGGCAUGCGGGGCUACUCCACGCGGGAGCUGCGGGAGCCCGAGGAGCAGUCCUUCCCUCAGCUCACCGCCUCGGCGCCCGCCUACGAGAUGAGCGUGCUGCCCCCUGCCGCCCGCUCUGCCCCCUCCUCCACCGCCACCUCACCCCUCCACCGCCGCCACCAUCACCGCCAGGCGGACGCCCCGGACGACGAUGACGACUCCAGCGCCGCCCCUAGCUGCGAGCAAAACGGCGACCCCCGGGGCGGCGUGCGGGAGCGGUGCGGCGAGGAAUGCGGGAGCGGCAUGGGCGGGGCGGGCAGCGGGCAGGUGGCGGUGCCCUGCAGCUGCGCCCCGCGGUUCUUCCUGGAGGACAUGAAGGCGCAGGACAGCCAAUGCGACGAGUGCACCGUGCCGCAGCCAGAGGUGGCCGUCCACUACACGCCCCCCACGCCGCGCCGCAGCCGCGACAUCACGCAGCCCCAGGAGGGAAGGAGCUGGUGCUGCUGCUGCUGCCUCGCUGCCUUCACUCGCCUCACCCGCCGCCACCACGCCCGCGAGGCGGGCGCCCCACUGUCGUCGCCGUGGCACGAGGGGUCCCCGAGAGCCCCUAAGGACAUGGUCACACGCGCCGCCCUCAGGUCCGGCGGGCAGGUGACCACACUCCUGCAGAAGGGAUGUGCCGCGGAUUCCGGUUCGUCGCCUCGCGGGCUGUGGCGGCAACAGUCCUGCUCUGCCUCCAUCAAGUUCGUGUCUUCGAAGAGGCACGGCAGGACCCUCAGGAUGGAGCAGAAGGCGACGAAGGUCCUGGGCGUCGUUUUCUUCACGUUCGUCCUGCUGUGGGCUCCGUUUUUCAUCGCCAACGUGCUUAUUUCCUGCGGCGCCCACAUUGGGGAGGAGAUGAUCAACUUGGUCACUUGGCUGGGGUACGCCUCCUCCAUGGUCAACCCUUUCUUCUACACAUUCUUCAAUAAGACCUUCAGACAGACGUUCCUGAAGAUCAUUAAGUGUGAAAUUAAGACGACCAGAAAGUAUCAUCUGUGAGGUUGUGAGUUCACGAGUCCAGUUACCAGUUAUAAGCCAUUUCUUCUCUCUCUUACUUUGUUAAUCCUGCAUCUCUCAGUCUUUCACUUGUUGCCACUUCGCAUUUCCUUCUUAGUCACGUCUCCUCCUCCUCCUUCUCCUUCUCCUCUCGCUACAACGCAGAGGGUGGCAGGGAAGGAUACAGAUUCAAGGAUGUUGCCUAAGAGUUCCUUCCCUCCCUCCCUCCCUCCAUCCCUCACAGAGCCUGAACCCAAAGCUUGAACCUACGUCCCCAAGUUGGAAAGUAAGACUCGCUAUGUAUAUAAGAUAUUCCUCAGACAUUCCUCAGUGUCUUCAGUGUUCAAGAAGAAAACAUUUUGCCUGCCUGUGAGAAGCUAUACAAGUUAACUCCACAUUACAUAAUAUAGGACAAUAAUUACCUUGGGAAAGACGUGAAGCCUCGAAUGACUGACUCCGAAGCUUCACGAGUCCAAUAAUUCACGUCUCGAGGCUUCACGUCCACCUGUACUUUUUUUUUUCUCACCUUUAUCAGUAUUACAGGAAGCGAUGCAGUGUACUUACAAGUCCCUGAACUCCCUGGCCCUAAAAAUCAUAUUUACCACAAGUCAUUACCAACGUCUUUACUCUUAGAAUACCUUCAUUUACCUUUAUCAACACCUGAAGUAAUUAAUCAAGUCCCCUUUUUUACUCUAAAAUAUCACGAUACAUCCCUUAAUUAUUACAAGU